AUGGCUGAUAGAGUAUCGUUUACACGGCGUACGCCAGAUCUUGAUUUCUACCUGCACCGUGUUUUUCGCAAAAAAUCAUUCCGCCCCCUUCAGCGAGAAGUUGUUUCGGCUGUUGUUGAAGGCCAUGAUGUAUUUCUACAAGCAUCCACUUCUUUCGGAAAGAGCCUGUGCUUCCAGUUGCCAGCUGUUAUAAGCAAUGGCCUGACUGUCGUCAUUUGUCCUCUUCUUGCUCUGAUGAUGGACCAAGUAAAUGCUCUCCAGGCCAUAGGAGUAGCAGUAUCGACUAUCAAUUCCAACACACCAUUAUCAGAACGCCGUCUGAUUAUGGAUGAUAUGCUAUCGGGUCACCCGCGUACGCGUCUUUUAUACGUGACUCCAGAGCUGUGUCAAACAGACAGUUUCCGACGAAACCUUCAAGUGGUGCAUCGACAAGGACAGCUAGCCCGCAUUGCCAUCGACGAGGCCCACUGCAUCAGUGAAUGGGGCCAUGACUUUCGUCCAGCCUACCAGGAGCUCGGGUGGUUCAAAAAGAACCUCGUCGAUCCAGGUGUUCCCAUAACAGCACUCACAGCCACAGCUACACCGAGAGUUCGCACAGAUAUUAUUAACAUGCUUGACCUUAACCCCACCAAGCUCAAACUCUUUAAUACCCCAUCUGCCCGCCCUAACAUUCACUACGAGGUCCGGUAUCUUGAAGAUGAUUGUGGGGAUGAUGAACACCGGGUGGAUAAUCUCUUGAGGUACCUCGCAGCUAUAAAAAGGAGACGCGAAGCCCGUCUCGGCGCUGAAGAACCCGCCCGCCAACCCCCGAUCUCAGGUAUCGUGUAUGUCGGACUACGUGCUAUAGCCGAGCAACUAGCGAGCUCGUUAUCCCACGAGAAGAGUAUCUCUGCUGUCGCCUAUCAUGCUGGUCUUGCAGCACAAGAAAGAACCCGCAUUCAAGCACUAUGGACAGCGCCCCAGCCAUGCCAGCAAAGCAGUAAUGGUAAGCCAGCACCUACUUUCUCCAUAAUAGUUGCCACAAAUGCUUUUGGAAUGGGCAUCGAUAACUCCUUUGUUCGCUUUGUGGUUCAUUGGACACCACCGCGCAGCUUUGAAGGCUUCGUUCAGGAAUCAGGUCGAGCCGGCCGCGAUGGCUGUGCAGCUGCUUCUCUUGUCUACUACAACUUACAAGAGCGGGAUCGUAUUGUUGAUCGCAUGAAUCGAGACGUGGAAAAUAUGCGCAAUCGCGGCGGUCCGAAACACCUCGUUGCUAGUAUGAUGAAGAACCAAGAGGCUCGUCUUGAUAGCUUUAAGAAAGUUGUGCGAUACUGUGAAAGCGUAACACGGUGUCGACAUGACCUAAUCAAAGACUUGUUUGGUGACUUUGAGCUGGAGGAAAUGGGGUCACAACAACCCCCCUCUUCCCAAGCGGCUAGAGGCAAUGGACUCACUAUGCCUGUCUCGACACCAUGUGAUUACGCUUGUGAUUUCUGCAAGGAAGGUCGUGUGGCUUUAGGAAAACGCAAGAGGAAGAUGUUUUCUUCGUCAUACAUGAUCGAUGAGGGAUAUGUCUGA